CAUUAUAUUAUAAUAUUAUACUAAUGAUGAAUGAUAAAUUUGAAAAAAAUCUCACUUUACGAUCUGAGAACCUUCCCUUGUUAGCCAUAUUCAGGGUGAUUAGAUUCGAUAUUGAAACUGUUUACGAGAAGUGUAAAAUGUACACUGAUAAUGCUUUUGCCAAAGCGAUUAUGUGGACCUGUCGUUGCUGUUUCUGGAUGCUGGAAAAGUUCAUGCGUUUUUUGAAUACCAAUGCUUAUAUUAUGAUAGCUGUUCAUGGACAAUCUUUUCUGCCUGCUGCUAAAGAAGCAUUCUUCUUGUUACUUAGGAAUGUUGUCAGAGUUGCCGUUUUAGACAAGGUUGCUGAUUACUUACUUAUGAUUGGAAAGCUUGUGGUCACAGCAUUUAUGGGUCUAGCAACAUUUUUUACUUUACGGUUAUAA